UGUCCGCCCCCGGCUGCCCCGACACCGCCGCUCCCUCGGCUGAAGCCAUGCCCUGUGUUCAGGCUCAGUAUGGGUCCUCGCCUCAAGGAGCCAGCCCGGCCUCCCAGAGCUACAGCUACCACUCCUCGGGAGAAUACAGCUCCGAUUUCCUAACUCCGGAGUUUGUCAAGUUUAGCAUGGACCUCACCAACACUGAAAUCACUGCCACCACUUCUCUCCCCAGCUUCAGUACCUUUAUGGACAACUACAACACAAGCUACGACGUGAAGCCCCCGUGCUUGUACCAAAUGCCCCUGUCGGGACAGCAGUCCUCCAUUAAGGUGGAAGACAUUCAGAUGCACGGCUACCAGCAGCACGGCCACCUGCCCCCCCAGUCCGAGGAGAUGAUGUCCCACUCGGGCUCCGUCUACUACAAGCCCUCUUCGCCCCCGACUCCCUCCACGCCCGGCUUCCAGGUGCAGCACGGCCCCGUGUGGGACGAUCCCGGCUCCCUGCACAACUUCCACCCCAACUACGUGGCCACCACGCACAUGAUCGAGCAGCGCAAAACGCCCGUGUCCCGCCUCUCCCUCUUCUCCUUCAAGCAGUCUCCCCCCGGCACGCCCGUGUCCAGCUGCCAGAUGCGCUUUGACGGGCCCCUGCACGUGCCCAUGACCCCCGAGCCGGCCGGGCCGCACCACGGCGUGGACGGGCAGGCCUUCGCCGUGCCCAACCCCAUCCGCAAGCAGCCGUCCAUGGCCUUCCCCGGGCUGCAGCUGGGCCACGCGCCGCAGCUGCUGGACAGCCAGGUGCCCUCGCCGCCCUCGCGGGGGUCCCCGUCCAACGAGGGGCUCUGCGCCGUCUGCGGGGACAACGCGGCCUGCCAGCACUACGGCGUGCGCACCUGCGAGGGCUGCAAGGGCUUCUUCAAGCGCACGGUGCAGAAGAACGCCAAGUACGUGUGUCUGGCCAACAAGAACUGCCCGGUGGACAAGCGCCGGCGCAACCGCUGCCAGUACUGCCGCUUCCAGAAGUGCCUGGCCGUCGGCAUGGUCAAGGAGGUGGUGCGCACAGACAGCCUAAAAGGCCGGCGGGGCCGCUUGCCGUCCAAACCGAAGAGCCCCCAGGAGCCCUCUCCCCCCUCUCCCCCGGUGAGUCUGAUCAGUGCGCUGGUGAGAGCCCAUGUCGACUCCAACCCGGCUAUGACCAGCCUGGACUAUUCCCGGUUCCAGGCUAACCCCGACUACCAGCUGAGCGGUGACGACACCCAGCACAUCCAGCAGUUCUAUGAUCUCCUGACCGGCUCCAUGGAGAUCAUCCGAGGGUGGGCAGAAAAAAUCCCCGGCUUCACCGACCUCCCCAAAACGGACCAGGACCUGCUCUUCGAGUCUGCCUUCCUGGAGCUGUUCGUGCUGCGGUUGGCAUACAGGUCCAACCCCGUGGAGGGGAAGCUAAUCUUCUGCAACGGGGUGGUCCUGCACCGGUUGCAGUGCGUCCGUGGCUUUGGGGAGUGGAUCGAUUCCAUUGUGGAGUUUUCCUCCAACUUGCAAAACAUGAACAUCGACAUCUCUGCCUUCUCCUGCAUCGCUGCCCUGGCCAUGGUGACAGAGAGGCACGGGCUGAAGGAACCCAAGAGGGUGGAAGAGCUUCAGAACAAGAUUGUAAAUUGUCUCAAAGACCAUGUGACUUUCAAUAACGGGGGCCUGAAUCGCCCCAACUAUUUGUCCAAACUCUUGGGGAAGCUCCCCGAACUCCGCACGCUUUGCACGCAGGGGCUGCAGCGCAUUUUCUACCUGAAACUGGAAGAUUUGGUGCCACCGCCAGCAAUAAUCGACAAACUUUUCCUGGACACUUUACCUUUUUAAGACUCUUCCCCCGUGCGCUUCCGCUGACCCGAGGAGAAGCUCCACCUGCCUGAAGGGGAGCUGGUCUGGGCCCAGAGCAGCACCCCUGGGUGCCAGCUCCCACCCCAGCCAGUGUUGCGAACUCCUGCAGGCAGAACGCGAUGGGCAUUUUGGCUCUGGGGCAUCAUGGAUGCGGCUCAUGGACUACACAAAUACCAUGGUAUAAACUUUUUAUUAUCGGCUUCUAAAUGAAUUUAUUAUUAAGGACUUCUGAGUGGAAAGGUGACCCAAUCUGGCGACGCCGGGCGCGCAGCUCAGACCCACGCGGUGACAAACCGAGUGUUGAGGGACCCACGAGCGUCACCCUCCUAAAGACUAAAGUUUUCUGCUGUAAAAGAAAGCUGUAAUAUACCCAAAGCCCAAACGUUGCGUGGGUGGCGUGGCAUUGGAGAAGGCUUGUAAAUUUAUCAGAUGCGGUUUGGCUUUUCAAAAAAAAUUAUUCCGUGCCUAUUUCUGAAGAAAUACGGAAAAUAAUUCUA